AUGACUGAUCUAGGCUUGAUAACUUACUUUCUUAGCAUGGAAGUGAAUCGGAACGAGCAUGACAUUUUUAUAAGCCAACAAGCAUUUGGAUUGAAGGUCUUAAGCAAGAUUUGCAUGACAAAUUGCAAACCUGUUAGUACUCUUGUGGCACAAGGAGAAAAACUUGCUAGCAACAGUGACCAUGAACGAGUGGAUGAGAAGGGCUACAGAAGUCUUGUAGGUUGUCUGCUCUAUUUGAUAGCAACAAUGCCAGACAUCAUGUAUGCAGUCAGCCUUCUAUCAAGGUUCAUGCAUUACUGCAAUGUUGCUCACUUCAAGGCCGCUAAAAGAGUUUUAAGAUAUGUUAAAGGAACCUUAAACUAUGGGAUGAAGUUUGUGAAGGCUGAGGAGCUAAAACUGAUUGGCUAUUCAGAUAGUGACUAG